AACGUCCUGACCAACUCACGCUCCUAUGAGCAGAUUGGGAGCAGACCUGCCAGCCCCUCAAUUUCAUCUACUUCCUGUAGUCAGCAAUUCCAUCCCAAAAGAGGGAAAAAAGUGGAAGGAAGAAUUUGACUAACAGUUCUAAAUAAGGCGCCCCGAGGAACAGCAUACACUUGGCCGUCUUCGCUUCUGCUCAUACAAGUCUAGCGGUGCUUAUGGCGGAGUAUCUCACUUUUUACAUCGAGUAGCCUAAAUAUCGAGAGGUUGCCGUGCUUGACACAGAGUACGAAAGAGAGAUUCGAGUUCCAAACAAUAUAACCGCGUAGCUAAACAAAGAUGCUUCGUGCGGAGGAUUACGCAUGGUGGUUUCCGUGAGUAAAUCAGUAGCGUCGCGUGAAAGGGAGUCGACUUCAGCGUUUGAUAAACUACCAUACCAUAAGCGACUAUCGUUUUUACUGGGCCUUUUUCAUGUAUUGGAAAAAUGAGAUUUUGGCCCCUCUAUCAGAGGGAAAUCAAUUUCUAUCCGAAGGAAUUCCCACUAAACAGGUGAUUUCUCCAGACUCACAGACUACACCGAGAUCAACACGCUGUGUGGACUCAAAACACGGACACACAAUGUCACAUUCCGACGGAGAAUCGCACAGAUCGAAUAUGGAAAAAGAUGACCCACGUUCAUCUCCAAGUCCUCCGUCAACACCGUCCGUCUGCUCGCCCAUAUCCUCCUCCUCCUCCUCCGUGCCGUCCACGGGGAAGAACGUGUGCGCAAGCUGCGGGCUGGAGAUUCUAGACAGAUAUCUGCUCAAGGUGAAUAACUUAAUUUGGCAUGUAAGGUGUCUGGAAUGUUCCGUCUGCAGGACGUCAUUGCGUCAACACAGCAGCUGCUACAUCAAAAACAAAGAAAUCUUCUGUAAAAUGGAUUAUUUCAGUAGGUUUGGUACGAAGUGUGCCCGGUGUGGUCGGCAGAUCUACGCCAGCGACUGGGUGCGGCGUGCCAGGGGCAAUGCCUACCACCUGGCCUGCUUCGCCUGCUUCUCCUGCAAGAGGCAGCUGUCCACGGGCGAAGAAUUUGGCCUGGUGGAGGAGAAGGUGCUCUGUCGGAUCCACUACGACACCAUGGUGGAAAACCUCAAGCGCGCCGCCGAGACCGGCAGCGGACUCACUCUGGAGGGGGCGGUACCAUCCGAGCAGGACAGCCAACCAAAGCCAGCCAAAAGAGCGCGUACCUCUUUCACGGCAGAGCAACUUCAGGUGAUGCAGGCUCAGUUUGCACAGGAUAACAACCCUGACGCUCAGACCUUACAGAAGCUGGCAGACAUGACGGGGCUGAGUAGGCGCGUCAUACAGGUUUGGUUUCAAAACUGCAGAGCAAGACAUAAAAAGCAUACCCCUCAGCACAGUGGGCCCCCCCAGGGUCACCCCCAGGCGCGGAUGCCCCCCUCCCUGCCUGACGAGCUUCAUUACUCCCCCUUCGGAAGCCCAGAGAGAGCGCGCAUGGUGGCCCUGCAUGGAUACAUAGAGAGUCACCCGUUCUCGGUUCUGACGUCGCAAGGUAUCCCCCAUCAGGCCAUGGCACUUCCUCAGCUCCCCCUCAGCCGCUAACCCUGUCUGACGAAGCGACCGGCGCCACAUCGCGCCGUGCGACUCUACGCCACGCCACAGAUGUUUAUUUGCUCCAACCCCGAGGAGCCUGCCACUCCUGGGGAGACGAGGACUCAUUACCCCCACUUCAUGUGUCCCAUCUCACCUACGACCACCCACCGCCACGGCUACCUAAAACCUAUCGUGCUUGUGACCUCUGAACUGCCCACGGCGGGACUAUGCGUCCUCCCUCGUUUUGUUAUUGACGCAGUGCGGACUCGACCGUGACUGGUCAGACUUGGUUGGAGAAAAAAAAUCUGGAGACCCAACGCUACGCAUUUCAGGCAAAGAGGACUUUCUUUCCCCGAAAGCCCCCAGGGACUGGACUCUUACCGAGCCUCGAGCCUCACUGAUUCCCAAGCACACACUGUACCACAUAAUGACUCUUCUCAUUGCUGCCAGAGCUCCCCCACCCCACCUCUCUCUCUAACAAACAUACACACACACACUCUCACACCCAUUUCUCUCUAACACACACACAUUUCACUUUGAGACCUUUCAUGUGGAGAACUGUUUUUGGCCAAAAUCAAAACAAAGGAAUGUAGUGGUGCAUCUCAUGACGCCAAAUGUUGCUGUGAAAAAAAAAAAACAACGAAAGCACACAAAAGACAGAGAAAGGAAUAUCGCUAACUUUAUUUGAGGACAGAAGUCAGGCUGUGAAGGUAAGAUGUGUCCUCUUUUUGGCCAGUUGGAAAAGAAAAUAAAUGAAAACCUUUGAAAGUAUUGUGUAUUGAUCAGAACUGUAUGUGUGUAGGGUUUGACAUGGUUGGCUAUCAUCUCAGCACUUGACAGUAUCAGUUCAUCCACUGCUGAUAUUCACCUGUAUUAUCAAUAGAAAACUAUGCCACUGUCUGUUCAGUUUUGUUGUGAACGAGAAAAAAAUAUUUAUUGGUUAAAAAAAAGAAGGUAGUGCUACCAAAACAUAAUAAAUACAGUUUUCUUCCGUAUUUCAUAAUUGCAUGAUGCAUACUUUUUGUUCCAAAUUAUCAUGAUGGACAAGUGACAACCUCCUCACAAAGUACUCUCUCCUUACAUAUGGCAGAGGUUAAGUGUG